AAAACAUCAAGUGCAACUUAGGUGCGUGCAUAUAUAUAUAUAGAAACAUUGAGAAGAUAUCAAUCAUAUCAGAGUGAGCAAGCUUAGUUAAAGAUAAACAAACAUCAAUCAAAAUGGCUGUGGAGAUUGAGAGAGACUCAAUGAUAACUGAGGCUCUUAAUGCACCUGUUUCUACUCAGAGAAAGGUUAGAACCGAUUUGGAAACUACUCUUCCAAAGCCAUACAUGGCUAGAGCAUUGACAGCUCCUGAUACAAGCCACCCAAAUGGAACACCAGGCCACAAGCACCACAACAUGACUGUUCUUCAACAGCAUUGUGCUUUUUUUGAUCAAGAUGGUAAUGGAAUCAUUUACCCUUGGGAAACUUACAUGGGGUUUCGUGCUCUUGGAUUUAAUGUGAUUCUAUCAGCUAUUAUGGCUAUGACCAUCAAUCUUUCAAUGAGUUAUCCAACUCAACCUCACUGGUUUCCUUCACUUCUGUUUCCUAUUUACAUACACAACAUGCAUAGAGCAAAACAUGGAAGUGAUUCUGGUGUCUAUGACACAGAAGGACGUUAUGUACCAGCAAAUCUUGAAAACAUAUUUAGCAAGUAUGCUCAAACUGAACCUGACAAGUUGACACUUGGAGAGAUUUGGAACAUGACUGAGGGAAACAGAAAUGCAUUAGAUCCAUUUGGCUGGUUUGCAGGUAAAUUGGAAUGGGGUGUUCUGUAUUAUAUUGCUAAGGAUGAAGGUGGUUUUUUGGCUAAAGAAGCUGUUAGAAGAUGUUAUGAUGGUAGCUUAUUUGAAUACUGUGCUAAAAUGAAUGCUUCAAAUAAAGAUGAAGCCAAGAUGGGUUGAAAUUGAAUCUACUGUGAGAGACUUUAGUGGUGUGAAUUAUGAUGUAAUAAAAAAUGAAUAAAAGUUGUUAUAGGAACUUAAGGUCUGGGAUUUAUCCAUUAAGGUAUACCACCAUGGGACUGUUCUGGUAUAUAUUAUGUGAAUACUGCUACUUUGUUUGUUCUGUUUGUAUUUUGUUCUUCCAACAUUAAAAAAGACUAAAAAUUUUACAUUAUAGAGAAUAAAACUAUGAGGUUUUUAA